ACAUUGGUGUUGGUUAAAAUGUUUUCAUCGCUAUUGUCUCUUCUGUCUCUUCUUCAGUGCCGCCAGUGAUCACAAUGCCUCAGAAAUCCUUUAAUGCCACAGCAGACAGAGGCGAAGAGAUGACAUUAUCUUGUAGGGCAUCAGGCUCUCCGGAACCCACCAUUGCUUGGUCCAGGAAUGGCAAGCUUAUUGAAGAAAAUGAGAAGUACAUAUUGAAAGGAAGCAAUACAGAGCUCACUGUCAGGAACAUAAUCAAUAGUGAUGGGGGCCCUUAUGUCUGCAGGGCCACAAAUAAGGCAGGAGAAGAUGAAAAGCAGGCUUUCCUCCAAGUCUUUGUACAGCCUCACAUCAUACGACUUCAAAAUGAAACUACAUAUGAGAAUGGUCAUGUUACACUCAUCUGUGAAGCAGAAGGGGAGCCUAUUCCAGAAAUAACUUGGAAAAGAGCUGUAGAUGGCAUCACAUUUUCUGAAGGCGAUAAGAGCCCAGAUGGCCGUAUCGAAGUCAAAGGCCACCAUGGAAGCUCAUCACUGCAUAUGAAAGAGGUGAAGUUGUCCGACUCAGGCAGAUAUGACUGUGAAGCUGCAAGUAGAAUUGGAGGGCACCAAAAAAGCAUGUACCUUGACAUUGAAUGUAAGUGAUUUUUAAUUUGUAUCUUUAU